CCGGUCGAUCGUAUUCGGACCUUGGCGACGAAGUUGAAAGCUUUAGAGGACGAAAGAGCUCGUAGGAGUACGGAAGAUACACUGGUGGCUCUUCGCAGGCAUCUGAACCGCCCGUUAAAUAUGUUUGAUCGUUAUGAGGCAGUUAAGCUGUUGCAGUCUUUGGUCCGUCUCGCCAGCAACGAGGCAGACGAUAUAAGGCUGGCGAGUACCCCGCAGUACUGGAUGAUGUAAGGGCCAGGGCAGAUCAACUGGACAGGGAGGCUUUGCAGGGGCUUCUCACUGGCCUUUUGGGUGAUCCGGUUCGCGCCGGGAUAGCGAAGGAGGCCACUUUCAUCCCCAAAUCCUCAUCCAUAGUCUUGGUAACCCCGUCAUGUGGAGCUCAAUACAGCCGCCCGAGGCCUUACAGCAGUGUUCGUUGCUUCGCCUGUAAACGCUUUGACCACAUGACGCGCGACUGUUUUCUCGCAGCUCACUUAUCGUGCUCCCCGUGGUGGACAUAGAGGCGUUAGAAAUUAGCGUCGAAUUUACCUUUUCAGCCUUUUGAGUAAACGAUCCUCGUAUUUUCCUUGUUUCUCUGUCGCUUAUUGCUCGGCGUACCGCGGCUGCGUUUUUCUCGCGCCCCUUAGAUGUUUCUUAAUAAAGUUUCUCUGGAAAUCAGUAUUGUUGGGCUAUAUUAUAUGAGCAUUUGUAUUGUCUCGUUGCCAUUUGGGCUUAUUCUCUCAUAGUUAAGUUCCCAAAUGGGGGGGGGCUCCAACUCUGCUUUCGUUGACCUUUGGGGGGGCCUUCCGUGUGCCUCAAUUAAGGGCUUGGUUCGGAGCCUGGGGGUCAUCGAAGGGUUGGGUUCCCUUCUGUUUUUCCUUUUCGCAGCUGCUUAUCUCCGCCUGCUUCUGCCUUGUUCUUAUGGGUUACCCCGUUUUCGUUUCGAUGAAAGCUUAACGAUGCAGUUAGGGCCUGUAGGGCAACCGAGCCAUCUUGGUGUGCCACUGUCGAGGGAAACCCGCCCUUCGUUGGCCCCCUUGGCCCUCCUGUCCAUGGUGGCGAAGAACCCAGCGCUUGCAAGCUUACGUAAUCUUCGGUUUCGGGAUCCAGUUGACAUUCAAGCAGGUUCGUUACAUGCACAUCCCACAGUUUGGGAGGAGCUGUUACAUGGGGUCAAAUAUAAGCACGCUGACCUCAUG